AUGUAUAAUCCUUACCAACCUCCUGGCGCCUACGGUCGCCCACCAGACUAUGGCGCAUACCCUGGCGCACCCGGCGCAGCCCCGGGCAUGGCGCCUCCUCCAGGGAUGGCUGCACCCGGAACAGCCCCUCCAGCGAACAUGCAACAGGCGAACAGUCAACAAUCUGGCCGCCCAGGCGGCUUCCCUGCGAACUUCCAGCCCCCAGCGAACAUGCCUAACAUCAACUUCAACGCGCCGGUGAUUCGGUUGGGAACAUCGGGUCCGGCAAAGCCUGCAGGCCCGGAGAUGGGUCGUGAGCGGGGGUCAGAAGGACAAGGAAGACGUGCUGGCCUUGGAUCUUCUAACAUGGAGGGAUCACGCCACCAUGCGCGUGAUGCGAUGAUGCAGCUCCAGCCGCCUACACGGGAUGAGAUCGUGCGCACACUGUUUGUUGGUGGUGUUACGGAGGGCCUGGGUGGAGAUGACGGAAUUGAGCGCAUCCUGCAAUCUGCAGGUCGUCUGCGACGGUGGAUUCGUGCCACAGAUGCCGACGAGAAACCAUGUCGGUUUGGCUUUGCCGAGUUCGAUGACGCAGAAAGUCUUGAGACGGCGGUUGAGGUGCUCCAAGAUAUCGAGGUUCCAGUGAAGCGUCAGUUGCCACGCACCGAAGGCGAAGUAAAGAAGGAGGAGGAGGAAGAGAAAGAAGUGGAGAAAAGUACUCUUCUUGUUGUGGUGGAUGAAAGCACAACUAAAUACUUGGAAGGAUUCAAGGAGAGCCGCGGCGAACGGGACCCCGAAGAGCUUCAAGCACGCUUCGAAGCAGCCCGCGGUGAGCUCAAGAAGGUCCUACAUGAGUUGUUCCACCCAGAAAGUACCACCCAAAAGGUGGACACCGUUGCGUUUGACCGGGAUAGUGAUAUUGAUAUGAAGGAUGUCGAGACUACCAAGGACGGAGAAGUUGUCACUAUUCCAAUCACCGUCGAAGAUGAAUUGGCCGAUAUUCCUCCCGAGAUGCGUGAGAAUGUAGCCAAGGAAAUUGCUGCUUUCCGCGAGCGUAGCAACCGGAGGGACAUUGAGCGUUUGAAGCGUGAGGAGGAAAUUGAGUCUAUGGAACGUGCUCGCAAUGCUGGAUCGCGAUACAAUCGACUUGCGUCCCCUCCUGCAUCGGCUCCAAGUGGCCCUAGUGGAGGUACAAACGGCAUUCCCCUUGGUCCUCGUGAUCGUGGUGUGCCUAAUGCUCCAUCUGGCCCCAAGGGAUUUGGCGUCCAAAUACCCAAGGAUUACCAAAAGGGUGUCUCUUUUGUGAAUGGUGGAUCUGUCAAUGGGUCUCAAGUUUAUAUUGACCGCGAAGAAGAAGAUUCAGAUGCAAGCGAUGAAGAGCUUGAGCGUCGCCGCCAGGCCAAACGUGAUGCGGAGCAGGAGAAGCAAUUCCUCGACCAAGAGCGCCGAUGGCUGAACCGUGAGCGAAGCCGAACUGCUGCUUUGGAACGUGAGAUGAAGCGUGAUAAAGAAGAAGAUGGCAAGUUGCUGGCUGCUCAUGAUGAGAUGGAUGAGCGACUUAAGGAAUGGAACGACGAUACUGAGGCAAAUCGGAAAACUACCGAAUACUAUGCAGACCGCGGUGCCUGGCUCCGCAGCCGUGCCGCUUUCCGUGCUCGCGAAGCCAACUUGGAUGAAGCUGAUCGUGCGGCCGAGGAGCGUGAGCGUGUCCAAUCUGCCAAGAAGCAGGAGCAGGCCCGUGGUGCUGCCGAUGACUUCCUUGCUCGCCAAGCUCAGGAGCUGGAGACUCGCGCGGAGGCGCCUCGCGAACCUCAACGCUUCAAGUUGUCCCUCGGUGCAGCAGCACAGAAAGCCCAAGCCGCAACCACCCGCCGCACCGCCGCUGAGGUCGAAGGUCUGCUGGAAGACGAGGAGGAACCCGCCAGCACCACCCGUCGCCCUCUCAUUCCCAUCAAAUUCGACACUGCUGCAGAGGCUGCAGGUCUUUCAGAUGAGGAACGGGCCCAGGCUGCUCGCCAAUUGGCACAAGAAAUCCCCAACGACAAAGAGGGUCUAUGGAAGUGGGAGAUCAAGUGGGAGUUUGUAGACGAAGCUGUUCUCGGCGACCAGAUCAAGCCUUUCGUGGAAAAGAAGAUCGUCGAGUAUCUGGGUGUGCAAGAGCAGAUGUUGGUCGAUGUUGUGGAAGAGCAUGUGCGCAAGCAUGGAUCGCCACAGGAACUGGCCGAUCAACUUGCAGAGGCACUGGACGAAGAAGCCGAAGUGCUGGUUCGCAAGCUUUGGCGAAUGCUCAUCUUCUUUUCCGAGAGCGAGAAGCGUGGAUUAUCAGCAUAA